AUGAAAUUCUUAUCAAUCUUGACCCUUGCUCUUGUACUUAUCAUUGCUGUUGCUCAUGCAAGCCCUGUUGAUAAAGCUAAAGAAAGUCCUAAAAUCGGACCCAAAGUAGGAGUCUUGGGAGUACGUUUCCAGGAUUCCUAUGAGCAAUACACUCAAGCCGUGCAAGCUUCCUAUGGUCCAUUCCAACACAAAGUCGAUUCUUUCAAGGCUGCUGUAACAGAAGCCGCAAAAGUUGAUCAUACUGACAAAAAAGCCGUACAAUGGCUAGUGGGUUGGAAUGAUAAAUAUAAUGAAAAAGUAAAUGAAUUGAAGAAAACCACCGGAGAAUUGAAUGAAUUAGUCGCACAACUUAAGGAAAAAUUAGCUGAUUUUCAAUAA